AUGGACGCAAGCCCUAGUAUCAAGGCUCGAAGAGGAGAACGGGUUCCAAGUCUGAGACUGGCGAAUGGCCGUGUUAGCCACGGGACUCCUUCACAGGAGGAGAUCCGUUUUUCCCCUCGAAGUCUUAACAAGGAAGACUCCGUCAAAAUCAGUAUCGAAAACACCAACACUUGCACGGACUCUCUCGUGACGGCUGCUGACGAAGAGGGUCUUAUUCGUGACCACAUUAUCUCAGACGUAAACUACAAAGACAGCCGUCCCGUUAUUAACGCUUCACCCCGCGAGGUGGCCGGGGAAAGAGAUGAUGUUAGUCUUUAUGGGACUCCCAAGGAAGAAGUGGGCCCUGUGCUUGUCGAUGCGAAAUCCUCAUUUAUGCGGUUACAGCUGGAGUCUUUAUUCCAACCAUCUGAUAAUAAGCUAGCUAUGAAACUCUUUGGCAGCAAGAAGGCUCUAAUGAAAGAGAGAAUUCGACAAAAAGCCGCAGGACACUGGGUUAUUCAUCCCUGUUCUAAGUUCAGAUUCUACUGGGACCUGUGUAUGCUGUUCUUCCUGGUUGCCAACCUAAUUGUCCUACCAGUGGCUAUUUCUUUUUUCAAUGAUGACCUGUCUGCUCGAUGGAUUGCCUUUAACUGUCUUUCAGACACAAUUUUUCUUUUAGAUAUCGUUGUCAAUUUUAGAACAGGAAUAAUGAACCAUGACAAUUCGGAGCAAAUUAUUUUAGAUCCGAAACUCAUUGCUAAAUACUACAUCCGGACCUGGUUUUUCCUGGAUUUGAUUAGUUCCAUCCCCUUGGAUUACAUAUUCCUCAUCUUUAACAAGGACUACAGUGACAACUUUCAACUCCUGCAUGCUGGCCGAGCUUUGAGAAUUCUGCGGUUAGCCAAAAUGUUGAGUUUACUGAGACUGUUACGUGUGUCAAGAUUGGUGCGUUACGUCAGCCAAUGGGAAGAGGUUUACCGGGGCUACCAGUUAGAGCGCUUGUUGCACACUUGGAGAGACCAUGGAAGAAAAGGGGAACAGAUGACUAAGUUCUUAAACAUGGCGAAUAUGUUCAUGAAAAUUUUCAACUUGAUAUGCAUGAUGCUGCUAAUUGGCCACUGGAGCGGCUGUCUCCAGUUCUUAGUUCCCAUGCUCCAAGGAUACCCUCCUAGCUCCUGGGUUUCUAUAAAUGAACUCCAGGACGUAGUUUGGUUUGAACAAUAUUCCUGGGCCUUAUUCAAAGCCAUGUCUCACAUGUUAUGCAUUGGUUAUGGGCGAUUUCCGCCACAGAAUCUGACGGAUAUGUGGCUAACACUACUAAGCAUGAUUAGUGGCGCCACCUGUUAUGCUUUAUUUCUUGGUCAUACUACGAAUCUCAUUCAGACAUUGGAUUCGUCUAGACGUCAGUACAGAGAAAAGGUGAAACAGGUGGAAGAAUACAUGGCUUACCGUAAACUGCCUCGCGACUUACGACAGCGAAUUACGGACUACUUUGAGCACCGCUACCAAGGAAAGUAUUACGACGAAGAUGUUAUUCUUGGAGAGUUGUCUGAAAGAUUACGAGAGGAUGUGAUCAAUUACAACUGUCGUGAAUUGGUAGCAUCUGUUCCGUUCUUUUCCAACGCUGACCAGAACUUUGUUAACGAUGUGGUAACGAAACUGCACUACGAAGUUUUCCAGCCCAGCGAUAUUAUCAUCAAAGAAGGGACUCUGGGUAGCAAGAUGUAUUUUAUACAAGAAGGGAUUGUCGAUAUUGUCAUGUCCAAUGGCGAGGUGGCUACAAGUCUGUCUGACGGAUCGUAUUUCGGAGAAAUUUGUCUACUAACCAACACUAGACGAGUAGCCAGUGUCCGAGCAGAAACGUAUUGUCACUUGUUCUCCCUGUCUGUGGGACACUUCAAUGCUGUCCUGGACAUGUUUCCCGUGAUGCGGCGGACUAUGGAAUCCGUUGCAGCUGAAAGACUCAAUAAAAUUGGGAAAAAUCCGAAUAUUGUCAGUCAACGGGAGGACUUGCAAAACGACCUGAAGACCUUCAAUGCUAUCCUCCUUUCUGCGCAAACUCCAGAAAGCGACGAAUUCGCUCAGGAUGAACACAAAGUUAGUCUUGGAAAGCAUGACCGAUCUAUUGCUGCAGCUUUGAAAUGUACAAUUCCGCGACCUAAGUCCGAAAGCUGUUUCCCCCGAAUUGAUUUUGGACGAACCGAAUCUCAAACAAUCCACCGUUCGGAAACAUUCUACCAAUCUCCUAGCAGGCCUAGCACUCCUGUAGAUUUGAAUAAGUGCUCAUGAAAAUAAAUUUUUUAACAAAAUAUCGGCAUCAUUUUACGAUAUGUUCGUGUCGCUUAUAAAUAGAAUUACAGUAUUAUUUCUACAGAAAUUGAGGAAAAAUCUUCACACAAGUCAGGAUUAAAAAAGCUGAGAGUAAUGAAAUACAGGUAUACAUAAACUAGUCUUUUUUUUUCGGGAACAGGCUGACGCAGACAUUAAUAUCCUUUCUUUAUCUAGCCUCAGCUUGAACUGGUUUUAUAUCUUUGUGUGCUUCCGUUAAAGAAACGCCUCAACAAAUGUUGGCGGGCUUUGGAAAUUAAUGAUAUAAACAAACAAAAAAAAAUGUGAUGACUAUAGAAGUGAGCUAUCGAGGAUUUUCUAACGAUAAAUCUAACUCUACGAUACAUUUAAAAGUGGAGAGACUAACGGUAUAUAUCAUAUAGUCUCUAACAGUACAUAAUAAAGUAGGCUUACCAUAUUGAUCUGAAGAAAUGAGACCUUACUAGCCGAUUAGUUUCUAGAAUGUGAUUUAUAGAAAACUGUUUUUUGUUCGUUGGCUUUUCAAACACGUUGUAAGCAAAAAAAAACAAAAACAAAUUAAAUGUUUCCUGAAAGUGAUAAUCUUUACCCACUCCCUAUAUAAUGAGAGAAACGUGUAAGGAUUAAAUUGUGGACGUUUUCUAUUAGCGAUAUUUACACAUAAGGAUUGUGGAGUUAGAACUUCUAGAAGGUAACCACAUAUAUAAUCUUUAAUGCCUCAAAACUCAAGCUAGGAGUCAGUGUCUCCCUGCUCGUCUAGUUGUCUAACCCUUAC